AUGGCUGCGGAUGAGAACGCCGUCGUUAACCGGCCAAAGCGAGUGCGGACAGGUAAUUCAUCUCUUAUAUGAUUUUUUUUUGUUGGUCGAUCCCCCAUCAAUUUACUGACCGACUGUCUUUAAUUUGUAGGAUGGUAAGAUCUGCACCUUUACUAUUAACCCAUGGCGUUCCGAGCUAAUACGGUUUUUUCCUUCUCGCAUUUAGCCUUACUUGCAGGUACGCUUGCUGAGCCCCCUCCCAAUCCGUUACCGUCUGAUAAUUCCUACGAACAAUAGCUAACACAUCUUCACAGGGAACGUCAUCUGAAAUGUUUGUCUUCUUUCACACUAUUUCUAAUUUUCCGAGGUAUUAUUUUCUGACAUUGUUGCCAUAGGCGAUGAAGGAACACCGGAUUGCCAGGUUCGUUUUAUUGCCUGCGACCCGACUGUUUUGAAACGAAACAGCAGCUCUGGCUAACACCGGUUUAGAACUGUCGAAAAUCCAGCAGGAUAUGUAAGCGUGGUGUGCGCCUUAAUUUUAUUGACAUCCAGACCGAGCAGCCUCCCGUGAUUCCGAUAUCACACGAAUGGAAGGGUAGGCUCUAUUGCCCCUUCACCGAAAUAUAACCGGUACGCUGACAUUGCCGCAUCCACAGUACAUUUUCAGGACGAGUCGAGGGACAUCGCUUCUGAGUACGCCGGUGGUGUUAGUCGGUAUGCAGCCUUCGCUCGUGUGACACCGCCAAAACCUACAAGAAACUCGCCCCCUACCCCUCGACAAACGGCAACCGUUACAACCGUGACAUCGGCCCCCGCUCCUCACCCUACUCUCCCGCCGAUUCUCCCGCUUCUGCCAACCCCAGUUCACACAGGGGAACCUGUCAAUAAUUUCGAAGAAGUGAAGCCGCAUCACAGACAGGGGUAUCAUCAUGCAUACGCCCACCCCCCACCUCCCCCUCCACCCCCGCCAUCGUCCACCAUAAAUUCGGACCAUACGAUGUCUCCGCCCCCACCACCGAAGGAGGUGCGGAACUACCUAAACAGUACGGAGGAGACCCUGUUCAUGCAGGUGUUUGUCGAAGAAGUUGGGAUAUGGAUGGAUAGCAUGGAUCCAUACAAACAUGUAACCGCUCUCUUCAACUCCCCGAAAAAUGGAGGCUUCAUACUGACAUUGUUCCCGAUUCAGUUUUCACGUUUAUUGCCGUUUUCUUCUUUGAACGAGCCAAUGCUUCUCAAUGCCUUUCUGGCUUGCGGAGCCCGUCAUCUGACGCUUGUCAACCCCGCUUAUCAUGAAGACAAGGCGCUAAAUUAUUACGACACAGCUACGCGACUUCUUUUGGCUUCUUUACAGAAUCCUAACCGCGAUACCGAGAUGUGCGCAACCACAGCGGUUAUCCUCAAUGUCUAUGAGAUUAUGUCUGAACGAGCGCUUCAGCGCAUGAACCACAUCGCGGGCGCCCGAGCGCUUUUGAAGGAGUGUAGGUGGAGCGCAAGGACAGGGGGCGUAGGCGGAGCCUGUUUUUGGUUGAACGUGAGCAUGGAAUUGCUCAGCUGCCUGCACUUUAACUGGGCGGUGGCUUGGGAGCCGGAUGAGUGGGGAGUGGACAUGGACUUUAGCCGGUACUGUGAACCAGGAAGGGAGGAGCUGUGGGCGUAUAGGAUUAUUUUCGUUCUGGCGAAGAUUGCCAAUUUCAGGGCUGCCCUUCCCAAGCAGCAGCAGGAGGCCAAAACCGCUACCGAACAUAUGUACCUCAACGGCGAGACGCAAAAGCGCUAUGAAGAGUGGAAGCGUCUACGGGAUCUUUGCAUCGCUUGGAAUGACCACACACCUCGCAGCAUGCACCCUAUGGCAUACCUACAUUCCUACCAGACAACUACAAAGUCGGCUUUUCCUGAGGUUUGGCUCGUCAAGAGGUGUGCCAUCGUGGCUCGCUUAUUCUACCAUACCGCCAUGGUCCUGUUGGCUCAGAUGAAUCCUUUCAUGCCAAGAGCGUCGGAUGAGAUGCGCGAUAUGGAGAUGACUAAUUCCCACUUGAUCUGCGGAAUUGCAGCCCAUGUCAAGGAUAGAGGGGUUGCGAGUGUUGCCUUGAGGUCGCUUGCAAUUGCAGCUGAGUGUCUCACUGUUCGACGGGAACAGGAAGAGGUUCUCGAAAUUUUCACCAAAAUUAAGAAGGAAACUGGAUGGAGGGUCAAUUUCGUGUAUAAAGAGCUUAAGGAAAAGUGGGGAUGGGAGGCGCCUGACCCUCCGCCGCAGCCAUCGUCACUUUUGCAAUCGUCGACUAUGAUGCACCAGAGCCCGACUCCGCCGAAUCAGUAUGCCCAAUAUCAGCGACAGCAGCACCACCAGCACCAGCACCAGCACCAGCACCACCAACAGCAGCAGCAGCACCAACAGCAAGCUCAGCAGCAGCAGCAGCAGCAGCAGCCUCAAGUGCGUCGACUGCCACAGUUGGUCAAUCCAUUGAUGGCUGUCUCAGACUACACGUCCAACUCACAUCCCUACCACCCUCACUAUGUAUCCGCUCCUCCUCAAGUUGAACGUCAUCAUUACAUAUGAUCAGGGCCUAGGUGAUGGUGAUGACGAAUGA